GCUGGACGCCGAUGCUAGGCGCUUGAGCCCGGUCCUCAAGAACGGUUUUUUCGUCCUUCGCACAUUGUUCGUAUCACACAGUCGUUGGAAGUCACCAUGGUGUCGAACAACGACUCGACCUCGGUCGAUCUAGGGAAGCCCCAGUUCGCUUCGCACUCAUGGGUUGAGCCGAUUAUCGUCCUCAGCAUCAUGUUUAGCUCCUUAUACUUUAAUCGUCGCAGGGGCUUCAACAUCUUUGGGAAGAACAACAAUCGGGAUCUAGGGUCGUCACAUCCCUUGUACGUGAAGGAUGAAGAGGCGAACGAUUCGACCGACUCUUUGUCGGAUGGAGAAGCCAAUGGACAAUUGCUGAACCCUGGGGUGGACAAUACCUACCCUCCCAAACGCCGCAACUGCUUGUGGUUCACGGUCAAGACGCCCAACUCGUCUCGUUUCGCUCGUCACUUCCACAGUCGAAUCCUUCAGAAGUUUCCGUUCUUGGUGGAGAUGUUCUACUGGGUCAUGAACUAUCUCUUCUACUCGUGCACCAAGGCAGUAUCCCAGUCCUUGUCUCCCGCCGGUCGCGACGUCGUACAACUUGCCCAAGAUCAUGCUAUUGGGGUGCUCAACCUGGAGCACAAAUCAUUUUUCAGCAUUUUCUUUCCCAUCGAGGAGGCCGACUUCCAGGCCUUCUUCAUCAACGGCCACCCAGGUUGGAUGACUUUCUUCAACCGCAUCUAUUCGUUGGUUCACAUUCCCGGAACCGUCGCUUAUCUUUCGUGGUGGUACUACGCUGCCCCCGACUUCGAGCGCUACGCUAUCGCUCGCCGCACGAUGACCCUCGGCAACUUCAUGGCCUUCAUCAUCUUCUGCUUCUGGCCCCUCAUGCCGCCGCGCCUGCUGCCCGAGUCGUUCGGGUUCCACGACACUGUCCGCCAGGAGCACGCGGAGAGCGUCUGGGUCGGCGGUAAGAUGGUCAACCAGCUGGCGGCCAUGCCCAGCCUGCACUUCACCUACGCCUUCUGCAUCGGCAAUACCUUCUUCUACCACUCCGGCGUCUUCCACCGCCUGCUGGGCAAGCGAUCCUCCCGCAUCACUCUCCGCGACAUUUUCCUCGUCAUCCUGGGCUUCGUCUACCCCAUGCUCGUCCUGUCGGUCAUCGUCGCCACCGCCAACCACUACUGGCUGGACGCAGUGGUGGCCACCUUCUCCGUCGUCUUUUCCUUCUGCUGCAACCGCAUCUGGCUCAUCCUCCUCCCGCUGGAGGACAUGCUGCUGUGGGUGCUGCGGCUGGAGAAGCCGGUGCCCACGACGGGCAGCCGCCGGCGAGGCGUGUCGACGGACGAUGAGAAUGACCGGGACGGUAUCGAGUACCGUCCUUUAUAAAGAAGGAUUCACGACCCCUACUACAGUGGUCCGGUUUAUUACGGCAGAUUACUAGCCGAGCCGACAUUUAUAGUAUCUGAU